AUGGCCAAGUGGAAACCAGAGCCAACCGGCGACGAUACAGCCAAGUAUUCCCUCAGCGCAGAGUUUGAGCCAGCCCAUUCAGGGGAUGUCAAGGCCGUCCUUGCUGUCGACGACGAUCUCUUGGUGUCAGCCUCGCGGGAUUCGAGCGUGGCUGUCUGGAAGCUGGGGAAGGAAAGGUUUGACCUGGUAGCACUUCUGGAGGGACAUGGGGCAUAUGUCAAUUCUCUGGCAUAUGUACCUCCCAUAGCAGAGGAUGACAAUCGAUACAUAGCGUCCGGCGGCAAUUCUGGUGUUAUCCUUGUCCACAACCUCACCACUCUCCAAACUACAAGCAGAGCAUGUCUCAUCGGCCACGCACUCAACGUCUGCGCUCUGUCAUAUUCUUCCAAACAACAGAAGCUGAUCAGCGGAAGCUGGGAUAUGACUGCGAGAGUAUGGUCCAGGGAGAAGACGCAAUGUGGGGAAGGCGAGGGGCAAGGGUAUGGGGAGUGGAAGACAGAUGUAGUCCUGGAAGGGCAUGAGCAGGCGGUUUGGGAUGUGGCUGUUGUGGAAGGGUCUACGGAAAGACAAUAUCUUACUUCCGAUAGGCUCGUCAAUCUGUGGGACGAAGGCGGCCAGCUGCUUCAGCGCUUCAAAGGAUCUCCCGAGCCGGUUCGAAGCUUGGCUAUACUACCAUCUAACGAUAUCUUCGUCACAGCUUGUAAUGACGGUCUCAUUCGUCUUUGGGACUUUACCGGCAGCGUUCUACAGGUUCUUCGGGGACACACAGACUACACUUAUAGGGUCAUUGUAGGAACUGACAGUCAGCUGAUUUCUUGUGGCGAGGAUCACACGGCUCGUGUUUGGCAUGAAGGAGAAGAGAAAGACAUACUGCCUCACCCUUGCCAGACAGUCUGGUGUGUCGCUUCGCUUCCGAAUGGAGAUAUCGCGACUGGGGGUUCCGACGGCGUCGUGCGCGCGUGGUCCAGGGCGAGCACGAGGAUAGCCAGCGAAGAUAUCCAGAAGUCGUAUCGAGAACGGUUGCCCGUAAUCCCCGAUAGAUCAGUCUCGCGAGCUCCUAGUUUGACCGCAGCCCCUGAAGCUGCUGCGCCUGUUACUAUGACCAUUGAUAUUGACUUGAGGUAUCUCCGACACAUCACCAACCUAAAUCUAAUGAGAUGCUGA